GACUGAGACGCACCAUCUUCACAACUAGUUUUGCAAGAAUAUUUUCGGUACUAAAAAUAAACAAUUCGUGAUAACUUGCGAAUUUUGUCAAUGUGAGAUCAUCAGAAGACUCGGAGGUGGUGGAGUGAAUUUUUGGAGUUGAAAAAAAAACAGCUGAUGUACAUAAUGGAAUCUACAGAGUUUUUCUUCAAGUUUCCUGCAGAAGUUGAUUUGUCUCUCAACGUCGGGGGCUGGGUCGAGGCAGUACGGAGCCGGAUGCCUCGUCUUUUUUAAUAAAAUCAACAAUUGUAAAAAGAUUUUUCAAGAUAACCAGUGUUAUGGAUCGAAUAUUAGCAGUGAGAUUACUUUGCAGAGUGAGUGCUGCACGAAGUGCAGUGACAAAACAGUUUCACAGUUCUGUGAGACUCCUGAGUGCCAAGGAUUCAUCAUCAUCAUCAGAUUCCUCAGACUCUGAUGCUGACAAGUCGAAGAAAAUUAAACAAAAGAAUGAACGAGAUGAAACUGCGAAGCAGCAGACUGUUGACUUGCUGAAUAACUUGUUGGCAAAAAUGGAUCAAGAGAAUUUGGUGAAUAAAACGAUUGAUCUGGCACUGCCAGCCAAGAAGCCUGCCCCGAAAAAAGUGAAGGAAAAAACUUUAGAGGAAAAAAUAAAAAUAGCAGCGAAGGACGUCGCACAGACUCUUGGAGGCGAUACGCAAAAGAAAGAAGCGGAGCUACUCGAUAAGAUAUUCUCAGCUGGGGCUCCACCACCUCCUCCAGUUUUACCUAUUCCGCCUGUUAAAAAAUCCAAAAAGAAGAAGAAGCAGAAAAAAGAGAUGGAAGCGGUGCCUCAGAAGACAGAAGAGGUGAUGGCGAAGGAAGAAAAAAUGCCUCAGAAGACAGAAGAGGUGACGACGAAGCAAGAAAAAGUGUCUCAGGAGACAGAAGAGGUGACAGCGAAGCAAGAAAAAGUGCCUGAGAAGAAGGACGAGGUGCCCGAGCCCUCCUUGAGUGAAUUGCUCGCAGCCAUGAAAAUCGAUAGAACUCCGAAGCAACUCUCGGAAGAAGACGUUCUUCCCUUCGCGAGAGCCGAAAAAAUCCGAGAAUUGGCCCACAAAUUCCAGCCCAGAGGUGCAGGUCAGGAUAUCGAGAGAUUCGCAGCUCGAGCACGAAGGGAAGUAGUCGCUGAUUUAUAUGCUGGCAAGCCCUUCGGUAUCCUCGGUGGUACCUCUUCCUCAAUCGAUGCAAUUACCACGAAAUUAAAUACCUGGGAGGCAUUGGAAAAGCAAGAAUUGAAACUAAUGAUAUCUCAUCCUCCUGAAAACUAUUUCGAGGAAUUGAUCCAGUGGACACAACGAGGAAUUCUUUGGAAGUUCCCUAUUGACAAUGAACAAGGAAUGGAAGCAGAGCAGAGCGUUCACUUCUCCGAGCAUGUCUUCCUAGGGAGGCAUAUAGAGGACUGGUGUCCGAGGAAGGGACCCAUCCGCCACUUCAUGGAACUAGUCUGCACUGGUCUGUCUAAAAACCCAUAUAUGACGGUGGAAGAGAAGAAAGAGCACAUAAUGUGGUUCAAGAACUACUUCGGUGACAAACAACAGUUGUUGAAAGAUAUUGGGGCCAUUGACCAGGACAUUCUGCCAGAGGGGGAAUCCCAGAAGCAGAUUCAGGCUUGAGAUAUUUGUUAAUUUGUAAAGAGUCAGGUUUAAUGAAUAAAGAAUAAUUAUUAUGCGAUGCUUGGGAAUUCUGGAUAAAUUAAACAUCAGAUCUCAGAGGCUUGAGGAUAUCAUCAAGAUGGAGGACCAUGUCAUGGCCAGAGAGUUCGUCAGUGUCAGAAGAUAACUUCUCCUUUUUCAAUUUUAGAAUUUUCGUAAUAAAUUUCUAGAGGUAUCAAUAAAAAGAUAAUCCGAAAGAUUA